AUGUCUCGCAACCACAGCACCGGUCGCCCGGGCCCGGAUGUCCUGCGGGCGUCCGGCCCCUCGUCCGGCGCCCGGAGCGUCUCGCACGGGUCCCACACCCACGGGCAGACCGUCCAUGGCCACCACUCGACGCGCGGCUACUCCACCAAUGCCAGCGGCCAGCGCGUCACGCACUUCACCAACGUCCAGUACCAGCAGAGCCCCCAGGGCCAGUACUCCGGCCACGCGCAGCGCGGCACCCAUGUGUCCGGCGCCGCCCGCGCCAGCGUCCAGCACUACACCAUGUCGCCGCAGGGCCACCUGGGCCAGGCCCGCUCGGGCGCCGGACGCAAGUAG